AUGUCGGGAAAGAACGAGCAAGGCAAGAUGGAUGUGACGCAGAAGAAUGUUUUCAACGCGCCCCUCCAUCAACACUCUACGCCUAGCAAAACCAUCGUCACUGGUUACAGCUCCGGCAUGUGCUCCAGCGAGAUGCCGCUCGCACUUAAUCUCACAUCCUCAUUCCUCGACUGGUCACAACAACAAGGCACCGACCUCCGCAAGUCCGGUAUCAAGGAGGGCUCGCGCCUGUGCGGCUAUGUCAACACCUGGAAAGCGGCGGUCGAUGCAGGCAUCGAUGAUGUUCCCAAGGUGAAGCUCGAGGCUACCCAUCACCACGCCCUGGACAUCAUUGGUAUGGACACAUUGAAGAAGUAUGCUGCGGAGCAAGACAACAGGAGACCGGAGAGCCGAGUUGUCUAUCCGAAGGAUAACAAGCAGGGUAUCGCCAGGGAGAGCGACCAGAUCGGUGGGAAGGAGCCUAGGGCGUAAAGGUGUCAGCAAUUGCGCACGAAAGAUGCACGUAGCCGAGAUAUUAUUCACGCACUGCGUAGAACCAUGGAAUUCCAAGUCUUAUUGCGGAC